ACACAGAGGGCUCGCUUGGCUUGUCAGUUUUCCCGCCAGUCCGAUGGGCAAAGAGACUCCGGCGGAGAAAUCCCUAAAUCUGAUUCGCGGGAGACUCUGUGAUCCUAGUUAUGUCUUCAGACCUCUUUCCGCUUCGUCAGAUAGCAAUUACAGUAAAUUGAAGUUCAUUGUAUCAACCUCUAUCACGGAGGGAUGCAACAACUCGAUGUUGCUUCUCGGCCCUCGCGGCUCUGGCAAAGCUGCUGUCUUGGAUCUCGKUSUAGGUGAKUUAUUGGAGCAGUUUCCUGAUUCAGUAUCAGUAAUCAGAUUGAAUGGACUCUUGCAUAGUGAUGAUAAUUGUGCCUUUAAGGAAAUUGCCAAACAGUUGUGCAUGGAACACCACCUACUAUUCUCCAAAAUGGCAUCAUUCGAUGACAAUUCACAAUUCAUUAUAGCCAUGUUGCGGGCAUGUGGACUAGCACAUAAGACUAUCAUCUUUGUGCUUGAUGAAUUUGACAUGUUUGCACAGGGAAAGCAGCGGUUGCUAUACAGUKUGCUGGACGAUGCUAUGCAAUCUGUAACCUCACAAGCUGUUGUCGUCGGUAUUAGUUCUCGACUGGACGCCGACCAACUUCUGGAGAAAAGAGUGAGAUCUCGCUUUUCACACAGAAAAUUUUUGUUUCUUCCUCCUUCCAGGGAAGAACUUGACGGUUUGUUUGUACACCUGCUGUCUCUACCAGCAGACUCAGGCUUCCCCAGUGGAUAUGUUUCUCGGUUCAAUGAUAAGAUUAAGAAUUUAACAUCAGACACGAGAUUUAAAGACAUACUUAAGACAUUGUUUAAUGCUAAUUCUACUGUGAACAGUUUCCUGAAGUUUAUAUUCUGCGCUGUUUCUUUAAUGAAUUUGGAAUCUGGCCUCCUCUCUCUUGAGAACUUCAAAGCAGCACUUUCAAGUAUGCAAAGGCAACCAAAGUUGGAAGCCGUUAGAGAUUGUUCCGUACUGGAGCUUUAUCUUCUGGUCUGUAUGAGGAGGUUAGAAGUGAAGGAGCAAAGCUCAUACAACUUCAUCAGUGUGAUGAAAGAGUAUAAGGCGAUACACGAUUCUUUUCAUACCUCAGACUACUACGCACAAAAUGUCUGCCUAAGGGCAUUUGAGCACCUGAGAGAGCGACAAGUUAUAUGCUAUGCAGAGAAUAGAGGACAGUCUCAGACAGGAGAGUACCGUUUGCAGAAGCUUUUGAUAUCAGCCUCUGAGCUUCAUCAGGGAAUGAGAUCUCAUGCUUGUUGCCCCGCCAUCCUUCUCAAGUUAUUGGACCAUUGAUCUCUGUGUUUUUGUCCCUUGGGAAUAAGACAAGUCUCUCAAGGCCCUGUGAUAUGUAUGUUUAUUUCAUGGUAAAAGCUACUUGGUUUACAAACUGUAUCUUUAGUUUUUGCUUUGUGUUUACGCUAUAUAUAUAUAAAGGGAGAGUGCAUGUCAACACAUACCCGUGAUUACACAAACAACUUUCUCUACUACACACAAACCCAUUUGAGUCUCAACAUCAAACCCUUCAACUCAUAUAAUUACACAUCAUGCUAACAGUUAAGACCCGCACAAAUUGGAGAUCUUAAUUCACCAUAUCCAGAUCGACUCUAUCUCUCUCAGACUCUCACUUUUGUGCUUGCACCAACGAAGUGUGCUCCCCAUCUCCAC